AUGGUCGAUCGUUUAGCCAAACGAAUAGAAGGACCUGUCGUGGUUAAUGGUCAUAAAGCAAAUAAUGCUUAUCAAACACUUUUACUUGAAGAACCAGUGUUUAUACAUCCAUCAUCUGUUCUUGUCAAUGAUUUACCAACAUUUAUCUGUUAUCAAGAAUUACAUGAAACAACUCGAAUAUUUAUUAAAGAUAUUUGUGGUAUUCAAAUGGAUUGGAUUGUUCAAUUGAAUCCACAUUUAUGUUCAUUUGGUCCAAUUGAAGAUGAACCAUGUCCACGUUAUGAUGAAAUUCAAGAUAAAAUGGUUUGUCAUCGUAAAGCAACUAUUGGUCAACGAGUAUCAUGGUCACUUGGUCCAUCAAUUGAAACUGUAUUUCCACUAGAUACAAUCGAUCGUUUUCGUUGGUUUGGAAAAUAUUUUCUUGAUGGUAUUAUAUGUCCACGUUUAUUACAAUUUCAUCCAGCUUUAUUAUGUUCAUCAAAUGCAAUGGUUAAAUCUUGGGCAUCACUUAUGGAACGAACACAAAAAUUUCUCAAUGCACUAGUAGCAAAACAAAUUGAUAAUCGAACUCAAUUAAUAGAAAUUUGGUCAGCAGAACCACAAUAUUUACUUGAUAUUUAUUGUACUUGGUUACCGGAAUCAUUACAUACACAAGUCAGAUCUGUCUGGCCACCAAUACCGAAAUAA